AGGCCGUUGCAUCGAUCGUGGGUAGAAGUAGAACACGCCGUGGGUUCAAAACAAGACGUGUAUUAACCCUGCAAAUCCAUGGCACGGAGAAUACAAUAGAUGCUCAUCUUUUUUUUGCAUGAAAGUGAAAUCAGUUCAAACUCCGAGCUUGGGAAGGGAAGGGAACUCGACUUACGUUCUAUCAGAAUCCCAAGUGCGUUCAUGUAUUGGAAAAAUGAGGUUUUGGCCCCUCUACCAGAGGGAAAUAAGUUUUUAUCCGAAGGAAUUCCCUCAAAACAGGUGAUUUCUCCAGAAACGCCGCAGAGUACACCGGGUGCCUCGCGCUGCGUGGAAGCCAAAUACACACACGUCAUGUCUCAGUCGGACGGAGAAUCGCACCGAUCGAACAUGGAGAGGGAGGACACGCGCUCCUCCCCGAGUCCCCCCUCUACCCCGUAUAUCUGCUCGCCUAUCUCCACCGCCUCCUCCGUGCCGUCCACCGGGAAGAACGUGUGCGCGAGCUGUGGUUUGGAGAUCCUGGACAGAUAUCUUCUCAAGGUAAAUAACUUGAUCUGGCACGUGAGGUGUCUGGAGUGUUCUGUCUGCCGGACGUCGUUACGUCAACACAACAGCUGUUACAUCAAAAACAAAGAGAUCUUCUGUAAAAUGGAUUAUUUCAGUAAGUUCGGUACAAAGUGUGCCCGAUGCGGCCGCCAGAUCUACGCCAGCGACUGGGUGCGUCGAGCCAGGGGCAACGCCUACCACCUGGCGUGCUUCGCCUGCUUCUCCUGCAAGAGGCAGCUGUCCACGGGGGAAGAGUUUGGCCUGGUGGAGGAGAAGGUGCUCUGCAGGAUCCACUACGACACCAUGGUGGAGAACCUCAAACGAGCUGCCGAGAGCGGCAGUGGCAUCACUCUGGAGGGGGCAGUGCCGUCAGAGCAGGACAGCCAACCCAAGCCUGCCAAGAGAGCACGCACCUCCUUCACUGCUGAGCAGCUGCAGGUGAUGCAGGCUCAGUUUGCGCAGGACAACAACCCUGAUGCACAGACCCUGCAGAAGCUGGCGGACAUGACGGGUCUAAGCAGGAGAGUCAUACAGGUUUGGUUUCAAAACUGCAGAGCAAGACACAAAAAGCAUACCCCCCAGCACAGCGGACCCCCACAAGGCCACCCCCAGUCCCGGAUGCCCCCUUCGCUGCCCGACGACCUGCAUUACUCCCCCUUUGGCAGUCCUGAGAGGGCGCGUAUGGUGGCCCUGCACGGAUACAUCGACAGCCACCCAUUCUCCGUUCUAACAACACAGAGCCUGAACCCCCAUCAAGCCAUGUCGCUGCCCCAGCUGCCCCUCAGCCGCUAACUAAUGUACGCUGCCGCUGCUGCUGCCACCCCCCCCCUCCCCCGACCUCUGACCCUUGAAUCCUGACCUCCCAUCAGCAAGAUGACUUAAGGAGAGGAUCAAGAUUUGAGAAGCUCUCUACUCUUGACCUCUCACCCUUAACCACUCGGACAGAGAGCGAAAGAGAGAGAGCCUCAUCGACUCCUUUCCCACGAACAGGAUUAUGAUUAUACAGUCAGUCUGACUGUUGUCAUGGAGGAUGUGAGCCCUUCCUUUUGCUCACUGGGACUUAUUCAAGGUCAAGACACAUUGAACCAGACUAUGAGCUCCUUGUGCAGAGCUGGACUGAAAGGACUCCUCUCUCCAUCCUCCGAUGGGGGUGACGGGACCAGGCUAACAGGAAUACAGCCUCAUGUGCGCUGUCAAAUUUCAGAAGAUGUACUUAUGAGGGGGAAAAAACGGCAAGGGAUUGGACUUGUGGGCUUGACAGAGGACACCGAGGUAAGAAACCUCCCUCCUUUCUCUCUAUGAUGAUACCAUGAAGGAAUGCGAAAUAACUGAGUUUUGUUGUGGAAUCUGCUUCAAACUUCUUCUUUUUUUUUUAAGUCACAGCUGUUAGUAUUGGUAUUAUUUGAGAUCACGUGGUGAUCAGCUCUUCGUUAAUACAUUGUCAUCAGCAGCCUUCUGUACAGGAUAGAAGCCUCAGAUGAGGGUAGGUUGUGUGCCUUAUCUUAUCCGUGAUAAGCAAACAGAACGACCCUAAUACGGUUGUUUUGAAUUAUGACUAAUUUCCAGGCAGCUGAGGUGAAACACCACAAUUCACAGAGAAAACGAAAAACUCAAAUUUAUUAGGAUGAUUUAAAAUAAA